AGUUAGAGAGUUUGUCAAAACAGGUAUAUGUGAGAUACUUUCACCAAUUGAGACUCAUAUAGACAUACAUAUCAUACCUGUCACAAGUUAGACCUACUUUUGCGGUCAAUAAUAUAAUUAUUAGUUAAUAUAUCAGUCCAUUAUUUUCAAAGUAUCAAAAAUACAACAAAUUUGUAUUUUUUGUGAUUUAUUAAACUAACUAACUUUGUCAUCAAUUUUAUGCCGUCCUUUAAUUGCUAUCACAUCGAAAACAUCACGUUUACAACAUAUUCAACAAUUAAUGGUAUGGUAUCACUGAUUAAGACACUUAUUGAACAUUACUUUAAUUGAUUCAUGAUAUAUGUUGACUAUUGAAUGGGUGUCCGUAAAGUGACCACAAAUAUCUCACCAAUCCUUCAAUGGCUUUCAAGCAUAAGGAGAAACAGAGAGAAACUGAAAGAAGAAUCCGAGCAAAUGAUCCCAUUUUCAACUCUAAAUUCAAUUAUGCCAAUAACUAUAUCAAGACAUCAAAAUAUAGUUUGUUAACAUUUUUGCCGCUAAAUCUGUUCGAACAGUUCCAAAGACUCGCAAAUUUUUAUUUUCUUUGUCUUCUCAUACUUCAGGUCAUUCCCUACAUAUCAUCGCUAACACCGUACGCAACUGCAGUGCCUUUAAUUGUUGUAUUGUCGCUGACGGCAAUCAAAGAUGCAAUCGAUGAUAUUCAAAGACAUAGAAGUGAUAAUCAGAUCAAUAAUCGUUUAUCAAAAGUACUCCGUAACGGAAAGUUAGUUGAGGAACGUUGGUUUAAAGUACAGGUCGGAGAUAUCGUACUUAUGGAAAAUGACAAUUUCGUUGCCGCUGAUCUUCUUAUGUUAUCCACGAGUGAACCCAAUGGUCUUUGUUAUGUAGAAACUGCAGAAUUAGACGGUGAAACAAAUUUGAAAUGCAGACAAGCUAUACCCGAAACAUCAGAACUUGGAGAUGAUUUCAGUUUAUUGUCGAAAUUCAAUGCUGAGAUGAUCUGUGAGCCGCCAAACAACAACUUAACUCGUUUUGAGGGAACUCUUCAUUGGAUUAAUGAGACGUUUUCCGUUGAUAACGACAAAAUGCUUUUGAGAGGAUGUCGAUUAAGAAAUACUAAAUGGUGUUUUGGUGUCGUUGUCUUUGCAGGCAGAGAUACCAAAUUGAUGCAAAAUAGUGGAAAAACAUUAUUUAAGAGGACAAGUCUCGAUCGAUUAUUAAAUUUAUUAAUUUUAGGGAUCGUUUUUUUCUUGAUAUCGAUGUGUCUUUUCUGUACGAUAGCGAGUGGUGUGUGGGAGACAGUGACGGGUCAAUACUUUCGAGUAUAUCUUCCGUGGGAUAUAAUAGUUCCCGAAAAUCCUAAAAGUGGUGCCGCAGUCAUAGCUGUUCUCGUUUUCUUUUCAUACGCCAUUGUCCUCAAUACAGUGGUUCCCAUAUCAUUGUAUGUUAGUGUUGAAGUGAUUCGCUUUUGUCACUCAUUAUGGAUCAAUUGGGACGAAAAAAUGUAUUAUCCAUUGACUGAUGUCGCUGCCAAAGCCAGGACUACUACACUUAAUGAAGAGUUGGGACAAAUACAAUAUGUAUUUAGUGAUAAAACAGGAACUCUUACACAAAAUAUUAUGACAUUUAACAAAUGUACCAUCAAUUCCAACCUUUACGGAGAUGUUUUAGAUGAAGUUACCGGAGAACCACUUGAGAUAACAGAAGAUAUGGUUUCAGUUGACUUCUCAGCAAAUCCCAUGUAUGAGGAAAGCUUCAAAUUUUAUGAUCAGUCACUUCUGGAUGAAAUAAAUAGUGGUAAUCAAGAAGUUUGCGAAUUCUUUCGUUUGCUCGCACUUUGCCAUACAGUUAUGUCUGAGGAAAAGGAUAACAAACUUGAAUAUCAGGCGCAGUCUCCCGACGAGGCAGCCCUUACAUCCUCAGCCAGAAACUUUGGAUUUGUUUUUAGGAAUCGGACGCCGACUAGUAUUACAAUCGAUGAAUUGGGAAAAACACAAGUUUACGAACUUUUAGCUAUUCUUGACUUUAAUAAUGUUCGCAAACGUAUGUCUGUGAUAAUCCGCAAAAAUGGCAAAAUCAUACUUUAUUGCAAAGGCGCCGAUACUGUGAUAUUCGAGAGAAUGGACACGAGUUGUGCCGAAAUCAAGUUGAAUACUGUCGACCACUUGAAUAAGUUUGCCGGUGAAGGACUCCGGACACUAUGUUUAGCUAAGAAAGAGCUCGACUCUCAAUAUUAUGAAAGUUGGAAACAAAGACUUCAUGAGGCGUCCACUUCUUUGGAUAACAGAGAAGAUAAAGUUGACGCAGUCUAUGAAGAAAUUGAACAAAAUCUUAUACUUUUGGGCGCCACAGCUAUUGAAGAUAAACUACAAGAUGGUGUUCCUCAAUGUAUUGCCAAUUUAGCCGCAGCUGGCAUUAAACUAUGGGUUUUGACUGGAGAUAAACAAGAAACGGCUAUUAAUAUAGGAUAUAGUUGCCAAUUACUAACUGAUGAAAUGGUGGAUACGUUUACGAUAGAGGGCUGGGAGUAUGAAGAUGUCGAGAAUGAACUAAAGAGAUGUCGUGAAAACAUUGCAAACGUUAUGAGUCAUACAUACGGUGCAACUGAUCUAAAUGUUGUUUCAUUUCAUGGCAAUAAUAAUUUGAACACAAAUGAUGGAAAUUUGGUUAAUAGAUAUGAGAACAGAGCCAGUGCUCCAAAUGCCAGUCCCAUUGAAGUUAAUGAAAGCGAUAGUUUUGGUGGAUUCGCUUUAGUCAUCAAUGGUCAUAGUCUUGUUCACGCACUUCAGCCAAAGAUGGAACUCCUAUUUCUAGACGUGGCCUCAAAUUGCAAAGCAGUCAUUUGUUGUCGGGUAACUCCAUUGCAAAAAGCAUUGGUUGUAGAUCUCGUUAAACGCCACAAAAAAGCCGUCACUUUGGCCAUUGGCGACGGAGCUAAUGACGUCAGUAUGAUUAAAACCGCACACAUUGGUGUUGGAAUUAGUGGACAGGAAGGUAUGCAGGCAGUGCUGUCGAGUGACUUUUCAAUAGCACAGUUCCGAUUCUUGGAGCGCCUACUGCUAGUCCACGGGCGGUGGUCUUACUUCCGAAUGUGUAAAUUCUUGAGAUAUUUCUUCUACAAGAACUUUGCGUUCACUCUCUGCCACUUUUGGUACGCAUUUUUCUGUGGUUUCUCUGCACAGACUCUUUACGAUCCGGCUUUUAUAUCAUUUUAUAAUGUAUUUUAUACAUCACUACCGGUGUUAGCACUGGGCAUCUUUGAUCAGGAUGUUGACGAUCGCAUAUCACUCCGUUAUCCAUUACUAUAUACUCCGGGCCAUUUAAAUCUAUUGUUCAACAAAAUUGAAUUCCUUAAGAGUGUCGCUCACGGAAUCGUCUCAUCAUUUGUAUUAUUUUUCAUUUCUUACGGCGCUUUUAGGAAUGCUGUCGGACCCGAAGGUAUCAAUUUAGAUGGACAUCAGAUUUUUGGGACAGUUGUCUCAACUAUUUUGGUUCUAGUCGUGACAGCACAAAUAGCAUUGGAUACAUCCUAUUGGACAGUAUUUAAUCAUAUAGUGAUUUGGGGAAGUGUUGCCUUUUAUUUUGCCCUAACUUUGUUCAUAAACAGUAACUUAAUUAGAAACCAAUACUUGGGUUGCCUUAGAAUGACUCUGAGUUCGGGACAGUUCUGGUUUACACUAUUUUUAAUAUUAGCCGUCCUUUUAGUGCCGGGAGUGGCCAAUCGUUUUUAUCACACAUCAGUUCACCCGACACUUAGUGAUCGGUGUAGAUAUAAGCAACGGAUAUCCCGUAUGAGAGCCCGACCGGAGCCACAAAUGAGACGAAGAAGUUCUAUUCGUCGAAGUCGGCGAUCUAUACGAUCGGGUUAUGCCUUCUCACACCAGGAAGGCUUCGGAAGACUUAUUAUGAGCGGUAAAAUCAUGAAAACUAAGACAAAAUCGGCGGCCAAUACCAAUGCCAACAGUCUUAACGUUCCCAUGAAAAUGGAGACAACUAUGCCUUCACCUCGAACUCAAAGAACUGGAAUCAUAAAAGGCACACCUCGUGUACAACCAUCCACUUUGAACACACCGUCAUCUAUUGAAAUAUAAUUAU